CAUGCCGUCUGUACGCAAUUAGCAUAUUGCAUUUUCAGCCAAUCUGAAUAUGGACAAGCAGUUCAUCGGGACGUUUCGUCCGUCGUUCAAGCGGCCGGCUGACUGUCCGUGGUCUGAAGACAAGUCUGAUUUGGACCCGACGGUCGGCACAAGCUUUGUCUUCAAUGCAAACCAUUCGCUGUCCUACGAACAGCAGCGCCAAAAACUGCCAAUUUUCCAGAAUAGAAAUGACAUUUUGUAUCUCUUGGAAAAUCACCAGACCCUCAUUUUAGUCGGGGAAACUGGUUGCGGGAAAAGCACUCAAGUGCCUCAGUAUCUUUUCGAGGCUGGCUGGUGUGACGAUGGCAAGCUUGUGGGAAUCACGGAACCAAGGAGAGUUGCUGCCACGACAUUAGCCCAAAGAGUGGCAGAAGAAAAGGGUUGCAUUUUAGGAGGAUUGGUCGGUUACAGCAUUCGAUUUGACGACUGUUUUGAUCCAACAUAUUCAAGAAUCAAGUACAUGACGGAAGGAAUUCUAAUUCGAGAAAUGAUGGCAGACCCGCUGUUGCGACAGUACAGCGUUAUAAUUUUAGACGAAGUUCACGAAAGGACGCUCAACACAGAUAUUGUUAUGGGUCUUAUGAAGAAAAUACUUAGGAAAAAUAAACAAUUACGACUGAUAGUGUCUUCGGCAACUGUUGACGCAGAACAGUUAAAAUAUUUUUUCAGUUCUGGAAAGGAUGACAAAUCAGCAGCGAUUCUGAGUGUGGAAGGCAGACUUUAUCCCGUCACUGUCCAUUAUGUUAUUGAUCCAUUGCCAGAUUACAUUGAUGGAGUUGUCAGCACUUGCUUGAAAAUUCACCAAAACCUACCCAAAGGUGACAUUUUGGCAUUUUUGACUGGCCAAGAGGAGGUGGACAGAGCAGUUUCGCUUUUGGGUGAACAUGCUGCCUUGGAUAAAGGAAAAUUGAAAAUGCAAAUUCUUCCAAUGUAUGGAUCUCUUCCCAAUCAAGAUCAGCUCAAAGUAUUUAGGUAUGCUCAGGAAGGUCAUAGAAAAAUUGUGAUCGCUACAAACAUUGCCGAAACCUCAGUUACUAUUCCUGGCAUCGUUUACGUUGUUGAUUCUGGCUACAUGAAGCUCAGAUGGUUCAACACCAACUCUCUGACUGACGCCCUGAUCGUUGUUCCUGUGUCACAAGCAUCUGCCGAUCAGAGGGCAGGGCGCGCUGGUCGCCUCAGGCCGGGAAUGUGCUUCAGGCUGUACACGGAACAAGCCUACAAAGAACUGCAAAGGGCCACUGUUCCUGAAAUGGAGCGCUCUGAACUGUCGUCAGCCAUUCUACAGCUGAAAGCACUUGGCAUCGACAACGUUCUCCGGUUCACAUUUCCUUCUCCGCCUCCUGCUGCCAGCAUGUUGGCUGCGCUCGAGCUUCUCUACGCUCUGGGAGGGCUCGACAGGGAGGGCCAACUGACUCAGCCGCUCGGUACCACUAUGGCUGAGCUGCCUUGCAGUGCUCUCCAAGCCAAAUGCUUAGUUGUUUCAGGGGAGUACGGCUGCAGUGAAGAAAUAUUAUCCAUUAUGGCAAUGCUCCAAGUGCAAAAUAUUUUCCUAAAACCAGCUUCAGGCCAGGGUAACAUGAGGUGCAAGAUCGCCAGAAGGCAGUUUGAGGUUGCUGAAGGCGACUUGCUGACAAUGUUAAAUGUUUAUAACGCCUACAUGGCUUCAAACAAAACCAAAGACUGGUGUUCCAAAAGUGGGCUCAACAGCAGGGCUUUGAAAAGAGCAAGCGAGAUUAGGACGCGGAUGGAAAAGCUCAUCAGCAAAAAAUUCAACGUGCCGAUUGCGUCAUGUCACGGCAGCAGCGAAGUGGUCACUCGGUGCCUGGCUGCAGGCCUAUUCCCCAAUGCAGCUUACCUCCACCACUCGGGCGUCUACAAAACCGUCCGCGGAGACAUUGAGCUCGCUAUUCACCCGUCGUCAGUCCUCUAUGCUGAAGAAUACGCGGAAUGGUUGAUUUUCUGUGAGAUCCUGCACACGGGGAGAGCGUACAUGAAGGACAUAACCGUCAUAGAACCUGGGGUUUUGGAAGAUGUUGCACCGCAUUUCUACGAGAAAGUUGUUGAAAGAAACAGAGAAUAGAGAGAAGUUUCGUAUUUUGUAAUAAAAUGAGACGUAAAAAUGAA